AUGCACGCCUGGCGAAAGCACAAAGGGAAUCCUGUCCCGGUCUGGGAAGAAAUCCCCGUUCCAUCCGCGCCCGCAACGGGAUUCCUAGUAAAGCUCCUCGCAUCCGGAGGCAUCGACCAAGCCCUCCUCGACGUCGAAGACCGUCCCCAGUUCAACGAUGUCUACACUCUUGGCCACGAAGGGUGCGGCGAAAUCAUCCAAAUCGGAGCAGACGUGACAGACAACCGGUUUAAAAUUGGCACCCGCAUCGCCCUCCUCGCCGUCCCAGGCUGCGGCCUGCAAUCCUGCCCCGAGUGCUCGCGGGAUCUCGCCCAGUUAUGUCCCAGCGGCCAGCACCACGGAAUCGGCCAGGACGGGUUCUACGCUGAAUACGUGGCCAUUGAUGCGCGGGGCGCUGUUCUUUUGCCUGAUGGUGUGCCCCCUGAAGUCGGCGCAAUCGCCACCGACGCCGUAACGACCGCGUACCACGGCAUUGUACGUCGUGCAGAGGUCCAGCGUCACGAGACGGUUUUCCUGUUUGGGCUUGGUGGGCUAGGGUUUAAUGCGUUGCAGAUCGUGCUGAAGCAUAUCAAGGCGCGUGUUCUUGUUUCUGAUGUCCGGGGUGAGAAGCUCGAUGCGGCGCGGGAGUUGGGUGUUCCUGAGGAGGAUAUCGUGCCGAUGCGUGUCCAGGCAGAAGGGAGGAUCGCGGAAUGGGUGGUUGAGCGUGGAGUUCGCGUUGAUACGGUGUUGGAGUUUGUGGGGAAGAGGCAGACGUUUGAGGAUGCGCAGCGGGUUGUUAGGGCUGGUGGGAAGGUGUUGUGUAUUGGAACCGGGGAGAGGGUGAAUGCGCUUGAUAUGAAGAAUGGGAUUCGGAAGAGGUUGAGCUUUAUUUUCAGUUAUGGGGGGCAGUAUAGGGAUCUGGAGGAGGUGUUGGGGUUGAUUCAGGAAGGAGUAUUGAGGCCCAGGGUUCGACGGGGGUUGCUUAGGGAUUUCCCGCGUUAUCUGAAGGAGUUGAGAGAGGGAGGGAUCGAGGAUAGGGUUGCCUUAGCCCCAGAGUAG